AUGGAUUCCAAUACAAGCACUAAUAUUACGAAUGUCACGUCUAACCAAAACAACAACACCACAUUUGAAUACCACUGGACUUUUGUGCCGGUUACGGAAACCUUGAUCUUUCCGUGCGCCAUAAUUUUGAACGGCGUGAUCCUUGUUUCAUUUCUCAGAAGCAAACAGCUCAGAAUUCCGUUUAACAUCUACCUGGCCAGCGUAUUAGCAUCCAACAUCAUUUUAGCAAUUCUCAACAGUCCCUUGGAUGUGCUGAAUUUUAUUUCGCCAUACUGGUGGCUGGGUGAUGCAUGGUGUACCGUGUAUCAAUACGCCAUCAAUGUGUCUAGUGGCAUCGUAAUGUAUUCCCAUAUUUUAAUCACCAUUAACCGCAUCUGGGCGGUGACCUUUCCACAUUCCUACCGACAACAUCACACUCAGAAAAAUGCCCUUAUCUUGGUUGUGCUGAUAUGGGUGUGUGUCCACGCUGUGACGUUACCCGGCGUCGUAAUGGACGCUGUCUUAUAUAGACUUCCCGUGGAAAAAAAUGGCUGCGCCCUGAAUAUGACCGCGAUGCCCUUUCUUAUUUAUGCCAUUCCUAACGGAUUCAUUAUUGUGGCGUAUCCGUUCCUCCUGUACAAACGUCUUCAGCGCAGAAAGGUCGCCCCGUGUCAGCUGAUAAAGAUUCAAGAUUAA